AUGCCAGCGGCAUCGAAUGCCAGCUUUCCACUGGGGCACUUGAUGGUGACACACGGGAGAAGCAGUGCUGCAGAGCGCUUCGAACGGCUGGCAUCCAAGGCCUUCCUGACGCGGAAGAUCUCAGUGCUCCUGCCUGUGCAAGGCUUGCAGGGCCCGCAGCAGGCGCAGUUGCCCUCUCGUCUUCAGCUGCAGCGGCACAUGUUUCUUCUGGAGGAUGUGGCGCUGGAGUCUUUGGGUGAUCCAGCCUUCGUAAAAGAUGUCGAGAAGCUGGGCAUUGCAGGUCUCAGCCGGAGCCAGAGAGGCCUAGACUCAGGGAAUGUUUUGGCCUUGUUGCCCGUGGGUGGUGGUCGCCUGGUGUCAGCGCUGCAACUGCCGAGCUUCCAACGACUUGGGUUGGAGGAGCCGAUGCCAGGUACAAGUCAGCUUGAACAGAAGUAUUUGCCAAGUGGACAGCGGCAUGUGCAUGUGGAUUUGCCGAUCUCCAAGACAAGGGCCAAGCGGGCGGCCAAGCAGGGGGAAGUUGCAACCAGCCGUUGGCAAGCUUUGGUGCAGCCGUUGCAAGAGACGAUUUCAUUAGUUGCCUACUGCAACAAAGAGACAGGAGCUCCCUAUGAUUUCUUGCCUCUUCAGUCAUUUGGUGGAACAAUCUCUCAGAUGGAGGCGAUCCCCAACAUUGUGAAAUCAACUUUUGUAAAUCUCCGUUCGGAGGUUGCCUUGCCUAGUGCUUCUUGCUUGCGGCCUCCUAUCGAACAGCUGAUUUGUGAGCCCUCAAGUUGGCCUCAUGCCAAUGGACGUGAUUGCCACAAGGGGCUCUCCGAUGCUUUUGGUUCAGCCUGCGAAGACUUCUUGGACUGGCUCGGUGCACUUCAGCUCCAAUUGGAUCCCAACUUCGAUGGAGAGCUUUGGCAGGCCCUUCUGUGGACUAUGGGGGAGGGCCUGAUGGGUCCUGCACAGAUCAUGCACGCCUUGAGGAUUUGCCAAGAUGAAUUGCAAUCCCAUGCGGCAUGGUUUGUUCUAUCAAUUUGGGGCACAGAAGAUGCGCCCAUCUCUUAUCACGGGGGAGCACACAGCUUUGACAUGACGGGGGCUCAUCAUGUACAUUUACUCAGUAUGCGAGACAAUGCUCUAUUGAUCGAGGAGGCAAAUGCCCUUCAUUCGACUGUCGCUUGA